UAAAUGGAUGAUGAAGAGAAGGCUAACAACGAUCGCAUUUUCAAACGUUUCGACGUGAACGGGGACGGAAAAAUCUCUGCAGCAGAGCUCGGAGAAGCAUUGAAGGCGCUCGGCUGUGUCUCGGUGGAAGAAGUUUCGAAGAUGAUGUCUGAAAUGGAUGCUGAUGGCGACGGCUUCAUUUCAUACGAGGAGUUCAUUGCGUUCGCCGCUGCCAACCGGGGCCUAAUGAAGGAUGUUGCUAAAAUAUUUUAG